AUGGAUAUUGCGAACGCCAAGGAUACCAAGGAUGGACAAACCGUCACGGGGAUGCUUGAUGAAAUGCAUGAACGGGAACAGCAACUGGAGGAUGCCUUUGUGGAGAUUGAAGCUUGCGACAACGCCUUGGCGGCUAAAGAUCAAGCCCUGGCCCAACAGAAGGCCGCGACUGCGGCUCUCCAAGCCCAGCUUGAAGCCCUUCAACGUCAAACAGCUCACCACUUGGCAAUGGUCUUGCAACCACCUGCUCAAAACAACGAGGUUUCCCCAGAUUGGUCCGAAUUUACCACGCUGCCAAAAAAGAGGAAAAGCAAGGAUACUUCCACGGUUAAGAAGAGAGUUGACAGUUCUACGGCUGGUCUUAAGCAGCUCACUAAGUCAACUCGCCCAAGCACGUCCGUUCACUUUCAGCAGCCGAAGCAGCGUUCUCGGAAGCCAACCCCACAUUCUCAGAUUCAUGUGGAUACAACUCAGAUGGAGGGCAAUACUACUAUAGCCGUGUCCCAGGAUGAGAGCCUCUCAUCUAUGACAGCGGGGGCUUUCCAAAAUUGUUUGGAGUGUUGA